CCUACAUAAAAUUACAAAAUGUGACUUUUGUACUUGAGCAACUAUGUCUAAGCGUAUAACACUGCAAUCGCGUUUAAAGUUUAAAUUAUAAUUUAACUAGUUCAGACUAUUCAAAUUAGAUAAAUACAUGUUAUAAAGUAGCUAUGUAUUACAAUUAGAGUUAAUUUUAAUUAUACUCUUAGGGUCAUGCGUCAUUAUGUAUUUAAAAAAAAAGUUUUGUACUGCGGUAUUUUUGUAAUAACAUUGAUUAUACUUCUUCACCCUGAUAGAAAUGCUAGAGGAACUUAUGAAUUUAUAACGAAAAAAAAUAUACUGAACAAUUUAUUGGAAGAAACGGCGAUUAAUUUUUCAAGUACAGCCAUAUCAGAUUGUGAUUAUUAUGAUGUUAUUAACGAUGACACUACAUUACCAAUAAGUAUCAUCGAGGAAGAUUUAGUUGAGGGUCAUAGAAUUAGAGAAGGUGGUGAAUAUGCUCCCCUCGAUUGUAGACCAAAAUUUAGCACAGCAAUCAUUGUUCCUUAUAGGGAUAAAGCUGAGCAGCUACGAGGAUUUCUGGUAUAUAUGCAUAUGUUUCUCCGAAGACAACAUAUCCAUUAUCGAAUCUAUGUAGUGGAGCAAGUUGACUCUCGACCUUUCAACAAAGCCAAGCUCAUGAACAUUGGUGCUGUGGCUGCUAUGCGGGCUGGAUAUCCUUGUCUUGUAUUACAUGAUGUGGACUUGUUGCCUGUAAAACCUGCAAAUUUGUAUGCCUGUACUAAACUUCCUAGGCAUAUGUCAUCUAGCAUCAAUUCAUUUAGGUUUGUAUUGCCUUAUCUCAAUCUUUUCGGUGGUGCCAUAUCAAUAGCUUCUACACAGUUUAAGGAAGUUAAUGGAAUGAGUAAUGAGUUUUUUGGGUGGAAAGGCGAAGAUGAUGAUCUGUACUCUAGACUUGAGUCUCAUAAUCUGAAACUGUCUCGUUUUGAACCAGCUACCAGUCGCUAUUAUAUGUCUUCACACCAAAACCAAGAAAAAAGACAAAAGAGGAACAAUCUAUUCUAUCAUGCCAAAGAAAGGAUGGUCACUGAUGGACUAAAUUCUUUGAAAUACAUAGAAGUGGCAACUGUUCUUCACCCAUUGUUUACUCAUAUCAUGGUUGAUUUGUAACAUAUCUUCUCGUAUAUAAUAUUUUAUAGACAGUAAUAAAUCUAUAUUAUGACAUUUUAAUAAUUAUAUUUAGCCCAUUCCAAUAGCAGGAGGACUAAAGAUAAAAAACAACUUUGACCUUGAAUUGACAUGACGUGAUUGGUCAGAAGAAAUGAAUUUAAAGCAGAGCUAUUAGUAAAUUACAUGGAAUAUGUAAAUCAAGGUUUGCUUAUCAUUAAUGCUUCUGCUAUUGGAAUAUAGUAUAGUUUUAUCUCAAUCAAGACCUUGCCUUCUUAAAUAGUAUUUUAAGUUAACUUAUUUUUUAGUUUUAGAUAUAUGAAGUUCAAAAUUAUUGGCUGUUAUAUUAAUAUAAGG